ACGUGGGUGCAGAUGUAAGGGAGUGUACAUAAAAAGAGGGAGCGUCGCUGAUGGGUGUGUAGCUUAACCUUGUAGUGGGCGUGGGUUUAUGUGAAGACGGUGAUGCUUGGUAUACUGUGCGCGCGCCCCAAGCCUUGGAUCCUCAACUCUCUUUCUCUCAUUACUCACGGCUCCGCCGCGCACCACCACCUUCACAGCUAUCAUCAGAGCCGCUUCCUGCAAACUCCGAUACAUUUCGGUGAAUUAGCCGACAAAAAUCGCCGGCGCCAUCACUCAACAGCUUGUAAUCUAGCUGGUUCCGUCGGCGGUGUCGCGUCCAUAUGGCAUGCGAUCCUCCCUUCCGCAGGUGGAAGCGGCGGAAGUGGACUCCAGUGCUGUCGACGUCUUAGGCGGAUUCAUGAGAGGAAGGGGGAGGGCUCGUGGAAUGUCUUGUGGGACGCGCGGCCCGCUCGCUGGCUCCAUCCGCCGGACUCGGCGUGGCUGUUGUUCGGAGUCUGUGCAUGCCUCGCGCCAAUUAAUUGGACCGAGGAGAAAAACGAUGAAGUAGCCGUUGAGGAGAAAAUCGAGAGUUCUGAUUUGAGCUGUGCUGCCUCCGAUGAUAAAAUCCCCGAGAGCUGUCCCGAUUAUAAGGUCACAGGAGUUUUGGCGGAUGGUCGGUGCUUGUUUAGAGCAAUUGCUCAUGGAGCCUGUUUGAGAAAUGGAGAGGAAGCCCCUGAUGAGAAUCACCAAAGACAACUUGCUGAUGAAUUAAGAACUAAGGUUGUUGAUGAGCUUUUAAAGAGACGUGAGGAAACAGAAUGGUUUAUCGAGGGGGAUUUCGAUGCAUAUGUUAAAGAAAUUCAACAGCCUUACGUGUGGGGGGGAGAACCUGAGUUACUGAUGGCUUCCCAUGUUCUGAAGACACUGAUAUCAGUCUUCAUGAAGGACAGAAGCUCAGGUAAGCUGGUAAGCAUAGCAAACUAUGGCCAAGAUUAUCAGAAGGAUAACGAGAGUCCCAUUAAUGUGUUGUUUCAUGGAUAUGGUCACUAUGAUUUGCUGGAGACUUUUUCUUAAUGUAGCUAGCAGAAAAUAAACACACAGAAGUUUUGGGAAUGGCUUAUUCCUUUUUGUUUCAUAUUAAACAUAAUAAUCUCAUGAGGAGCUCUUUUUUUUUUCUGGUGGGUGUACUCCAUCCAGAUAAGAAUCUGUCUCAGAGAAUCAUAGAUUUGCUGUGGCACCUCAUUUCAAUUUACAGGCUUGUUGAGUUUUGUAGAUUCCCUGUUUGUUUUUACAAAUUUAAAAUGCAAGCAAAAUGUCCAACUGCCCA